UUAUCACUAAUCCCAAUUAUGGACAAGUUAGAGAUUCAUAUCCAGACAAGGAAAAUGUUGAAGCCCUCAACUCCUACCGUGAAUCAUCUCCAGAGCCUCAAGCUUUCGUUGUUCGAUCAGCUGGCACCUCGUCAUUAUGAACCAGUACUUCUCCACUACUUGCCAAGCACCAGUGAUUGUGAAGAAGGAAUAAUAAUGACUGAAAGAUGUGAUAAGCUGCAAAAGUCUUUGGCCCAGACGUUAACCAAGUACUACCCUCUAGCUGGAAGAUUUAGAGAAGAUGAACUAUCCAUCCACUGCAACGAUGAAGGCGUUGAGUAUGUUGAAACCAAAGUCAAUGCAGAUCUUGCUAAAUUUAUCCACCAAGGAGUACCCAAGAAUAUUGAGCUUUUGAAUGACCUUCUUCCAGAAAUGGAACAUGUGCCGUCAAGUCCAUUACUAGGAGUCCAGGUGAACGUAUUCAAUUGUGGAGGAGUAGUCAUUGCGAUACAAAUGUCCCACAUCCUAGCCGAUGGUUUCACGUUUGCUACGUUUGUCAAGGAAUGGGCACACAUUAGCCAAACAGGGACGACAGAAGAUUGCCUCCCAAGAUUUGGUCAAUUGCCAUUGCUCUUUCCCACAAGAGUGCUAUCAAGAACUCGGUUUUCACGACCUCCAAACCAUGGUCCUAAGAUUGUCACAAGGAGGUUUGUGUUUGAUGCUUUGGCAAUAACUAAGCUCAAAAACACAAUCGAUUCAAGUGCCACGUUCAGGAAGCCUACUAGAGUGGUGGUUGUUAUGUCGUUAAUAUGGAAGGUUCUUGCAGACAUUUCUUCCGCCAAAAAUGGACAUUCAAGGGACUCUUCUUUAAUAUUUUAUAUUAGUUUGAGGGGGAAAUUUCAUUCGCCAUCUUUAAAGAAUGCGUUGGGGAAUUGUACGACGUUUGGAAUUGCUGAUCUAGAGGCAAGCCAGUCAAGAAAUGAGUUGACUGACUUUGUAAACUUGGUAGGAAAUACAAUACAGGACACAUCUGUAGGCAUUGGUAAGGCAAGCGUUGAUGAUGUUUCCUCUUUAGUUCUUAACAACCAGAGUAAAGUUGCAUAUAAACGUCGACAAGGGGACACGAUGGACAUUUAUAGGUGCACUAGUUGGUGCAGAUUCCCUUGGUAUGAAGCUGACUUUGGUUGGGGAAAGCCAUUCUGGGUGAGCGCUGUUAGCUUCGACAUUAUUGAAAUAGUUUGUCUGAUGGACACAAAAAAUGGUGAUGGGAUAGAAGCAUGGGUUAGUUUGAAGGAGAAUGUCAUGGCUGAAUUUGAGAAACAUCCUGAUAUUUUGACAGUUUGUCCUCCACUUCCAUCAUAGCAUUCCAUUCAAUUCCUUGAUUUGGAAAAAAUGAAAUUACAUUAUGUAUGUUUCUUGAUGAUGUAAUAUUUCUUUCUUUGCUUUGUUGGUUUUUGUUUUCUUCAUUUGCCCCAAAUCUGCAGCUAAAUAAAUUUCUGGCUUAGUUCUGGUAUGAGAUUAGUUGAACUUGAGCCAGGAUCUAUCGGAAAAAGCCUCUCUACUUUUUCGAAAGUAACGGUAUGGACUGCAUACAUUUUACUCUGUCCAGACCCCACUUGGUGGGAAUUCAUUCACAGGGUUUGUUGUUGUAGUCUGGUAUGAGGUUAGUCCUAAUUAGUAGAUGUUUCUAAACUAUCUUUAUGUAUCUCUUUCCCGAUGAUAUAAUCCUUCUAGGUUCGCUUUGCUUCUAA